AAACCAAGGCGGAGCCGACCUCUGUUCCUCUUCUCAUGUAUAUAACACACCACAAGCCUCCAAAGAACUUCCAUCAAACUCCAGAGAGAGAGAGAGAGAGUGUUAUGGCGAAGAAGAGUUGGUCUUUGAAGAAGGUAGGGAUCAACAAGGAUCAGCUAUGGCCAUGGAGGAUUUCAAUCUCUUCUUUCAAGUGGAAACGCCUUGAUUUUCAGUUGAAGAUUAUCGAUACUUUGGUAUUCAAAAUUCUUUACGUUGUUGAAGCUAUUGUUCUGGUUUCCACACUCUGUUUCUUCUACCUCUGCUGUGGCUGCCAUUUUUGAUCCCUUCUUUUUCUCUCAUUUUCUUCCCUUUUCUUUUACAAUUCAUUUGUUCUUUCUGAUUAUAGAUAUUGGGUUUCAUGUUCA